AGUUUCAAACUUGAGACGCCUUUAUUUCAGAACUGUUCAUACUACUGGGGAUUUGCUGGCUUUAUUGCUUACUUUGUCAACCAUCCUGCGUAUACUCCUCCGUACUUUGGCGACAAGCAAGUGUACUUCGGUCUUGUAGGAUUUGCCAUUUCUGAAUUCGGAAAUCUCUCCAUUCAUAUUUUACUCCGCAAUCUUCGUCCUCCCGGAACUCGUGAACGCCGUAUUCCCCGUCCAGAUGGAAAUCCACUGAGCUUGCUUUUCAACUUCGUUUCGUGUCCCAAUUAUACGUACGAAGCAUUGUCAUGGCUAUCGUUCUCCAUCAUGGUGCAGAGUUUUCCAAGUCUCCUGUUCACAAUCGCUGGAUUUGCACAGAUGACGAUUUGGGCGAAAAACAAACAUCGUGCGUACAAGAAGGAGUUUCCCGAUUACCCAAAGGAGCGAAAAGCGAUUGUACCCUUCCUUAUUUGA